GGAGGAUCGUGUCGAGCCGUAGCUCCGCUCCGGCCUUUCCGAAGACACUCGAAGGGCUUCGGCCUCUCUUCCUCCCCCUCCACGUCUCUGGCGGCGAUUGCUCUUGCUGGGGCCGCUGCGGUCUCCUCGGGGGCUUUCAUUGCUGGUCGGCGGGCCCGGGCCGGUGUCGAGGUCUUUCGACGGAGGCUUCGGCUGGGGCUGUCUGCUCGCAGGCUGCCCACCGCCCGGGCAGAGACGUUCCCACCCGCUGCUCGCGGGGGUCCUGGCCGGACCGGGCGGGCUGGGCCUCAGAGCCGCGGCUGCGAUAGCGCGAUCGGUGGUCGGCUUGUGGUGACUGUGAAGCGGCGGCGGCGGCGGCGACUGCAGCGGCUCCCCCUAGGGGAAGCGGGGCGGCCGGGGUUCGGCUCGGAUGGCGGAGGGCAUCCAGCACCAGCAGCUUGUGCCCGGCGUCGACGUCCCAGCCCCUCGAGGGGUUAAGCGGGAGUCCGAACUGGAGCAGCCGAUGCCCGGAGGGGACGGAGCCGAGAGCGGCCAAAGCAAGAGGCUGCGGACGGAGGCUGAGGCGGACGGAGGCGGCAUGCAGAAUGAGCCUCUGACUUCCAGUUAUCAUGGAUACCCAGGAAGAGAUAGUCAGGGUAACCAGGAGCCAACAGCUACUCCUGACACAAUGGUCCAGCCAUUUACCACAAUCCCAUUCCCACCUCCCCCACAGAAUGGGAUCCCCACAGAGUAUGGUGUUCCCCACACUCAGGACUAUGCAGGCCAGACCAGCGAGCACAAUCUGACAAUCUACGGAAGUACACAAGCGCACGGAGAACAGAAUACAAAUACAGCCACUGCACAGAAUGGAUCUCUCACGCAGACAGAAGGAGGGGCACAGACAGAUGGCCAGCAGUCGCAGACACAAAGCAGUGAGAAUACUGAGAGCAAGUCUACCCCAAAGCGGCUGCACGUGUCCAACAUCCCCUUCCGUUUUCGUGAUCCUGACCUCCGGCAGAUGUUUGGGCAAUUUGGCAAAAUCCUUGAUGUAGAGAUAAUCUUCAAUGAACGUGGGUCCAAGGGAUUCGGGUUCGUAACUUUCGAGAAUAGUGCUGAUGCAGACAGGGCCAGGGAGAAAUUACACGGCACCGUGGUAGAGGGCCGUAAAAUCGAGGUUAAUAAUGCCACUGCACGAGUAAUGACUAAUAAGAAGAUGGUCACACCAUAUGCAAAUGGUUGGAAAUUGAGCCCUGUGGUUGGAGCAGUAUACGGUCCGGAAUUAUAUGCAGCAUCCAGUUUUCAAGCAGAUGUCUCGCUGGGCAAUGACGCUGCAGUGCCCCUGUCAGGAAGGGGGGGUAUUAACACUUACAUUCCUUUAAUCAUACCCAGCUUCCCUUACCCAACUGCAGCCACCACAGCAGCAGCAUUUAGGGGAGCCCAUCUGAGGGGACGAGGAAGGACAGUAUAUGGUGCAGUACGAGCAGUACCUCCAACAGCCAUCCCAGCUUACCCAGGAAUAGUCUUACAGGAACCAAUCAUUAGCGCUAAAAUACCUCAGGGUGGAUAUGCAGCCUACAGAUAUGCGCAGCCCGCUACUGCAACAGCAGCCACUGCUGCUGCAGCUGCUGCAGCAGCUUACAGUGAUGGUUACGGCAGGGUGUACACAACAGACCCUUACCAUGCCCUUGCCCCUGCUGCUAGCUAUGGAGUUGGCGCUGUGGCAAGUUUAUACCGAGGUGGCUACAGCCGAUUUGCCCCUUACUGAAGUGACAUGAGCCCCCCCCUGCAAGUGGGACAGCCCCCUCCCCCCAGUUCAUGAGGCCUGGCUAUUGCAAUAUUUACUAGUAGAGGAACUCUAUAGCAAGAAGAGGAGGAAAACAAAAGAAAAAAACAAGAGAAAUACUUUUUUAUACCUCACUAUGUUCUUUAAAUAUGUAUUUUUCCUUUAAAUUUCUGCCUUUAAUUCUUUUGUUCCAAAGAUUGUGCAUUUUUUUGAUAUUUUUUUUCAAUCAUUUGUUUUUAACUGUGGUAAACAUAAUGCAUUUUUGUGUCUAUAUAUGCAUAGUUUAUCCUACCAAUCACAAAAAAGAGAUAAAUAGUGCUAAGGAGUGCUGUUAGGAAUCAGUAUCAUGGAACGUAGUCAGGAAUAUGUAGAUGUUUAUUUUUCCUGGGUCUGAUGCCCAAGAGCCAGGAUAGUGAGGAAAGUUCCCUCUGGGGUGGGGGAGGGGGGCAAUGUUGGUUGCCUGCAGCUGGAACUUGCAUGCUGGUUGGAAACACAGACAUCUCCUCUUUUAUCACCAGCUGGCACUCAUGGUCUCAGGACAGCUCCAGAAACGUCAAGAUUUUUAUAAUUUUCAAGACAAAACUGCUCAAAGCUGCCCAAAGACUUCAUCUAAUAAUGGUUUUAGGGGACAAGACUUGAAAUGAAUGCAGACUCCUAUCUUUAAUUAUUAUGAUCCACCCUACCAUGGCUUUACUUUAAUCAUUCCGUUGCUAUGGUUUUCCUCUCUUCCCACCCUUCCCUCUUUUCUGGUGGAGUAGCAAGUUUGGGGCAAUAACUAUAGAAUUUGGAGCCAUGAUGGAAAUAUUUUUUCUUUAGAAAACCAAGAGUUUAACUGCAAAGUUCUACAUAUUCUGAGGUUCUGGACUAGUGAUUAUGGGAAAAGCUUGCACAGGGCUACUCCAAGCUCCACCUCCGCUGAACAAGAUUCUCCUUUUUCACCCUGAGGCAGUUAGCUUUGCUACAAGUAUGUUAUCAAAAAAUUGCAUGAAAAGAGAAAAAUGCAUUCUGGACCAGAAAAGUAGGGAAAGCAGUGGGGAGGAUUUUUUUUUCUUUUGUCGUAACACUAAUUUGGAAACCAUGCCUGCAUUAGCAUUGGCAUCUGGAAACAAAGAAUUUCCAAACAUAAUAUAAAAGCAGAAUUAAUGUUUACUCUGAUUUGCAACCAGAGCCUUAACGGUUGCCUGUCUGAAGACAAGCUGCUCAGUUGGGUUAAUACUGCCAGUUUGGAAUUGAGAAAGGGCUUCAAGAAAACUCUGACCCUGGAGAUUGUCCCAUGCUGGAAUAUCUGCCUGGAAUACUCUUUCUUGUUCUACAGAUGGGAGUCUUGUAAAAUGAAAACGUAUGCAAUUUGAUGUCAAGCAAACCAUGGCUCUCAAAUAUUUUGCCACUAAUUAUAGAAAUCAGAAUAGCAAAAGGGAUCCUUUUUCUUCUUCUACUGUUCCAUUAUUUUUUCAACACCCCCAACAGAUGCCCACGGAUUUAUCUUAAAAUCCGUCGCCUCUCUGACUUAUGGCUAAGAUCAAGUGUACCAUCCUGUGUAGUGUAAUUUUAAAACCAUACCCAUUACAGAAGCACAAGUCCCUUUUGUUCCUGGUCUCCCUAAAUUAGUAUUGGAGGACUUUUCAACUAGAAAUAGGCAGUUGGGUAGUUGAAGCCCUUUCUGCUCCUAUUAUCUUUUGCUCCAGAGUGAUAGAAAAGGAGAUCUGAAAACCUUCAGUGAUAUCAAGUGAGUACACUGAUCCAGUAAUAUACAAGUCAUACAUCUUUGCUUCCACUGCCGUUGUAUUCUCUUGUGGCUUACCAGAGAGCACCUGGACUGCUAGAGAGGGUGCCUGAAGAGAUCUUAAUUAAGUGAGAGAGUCUAAUAAUAUUGCUUAUCUGAGGAAGGGGGCACCAGACUAUUAGAUGAUUGGCCACUUUUUUAUUGUAGUCUUGUUUUUAAGCCAAGCUGCUACAACAGUUUCUGAGUUUGUUUUUGUAUAUGCAUAUAUGCAUAUCCAGUUUAAAAUGAGGAGAAGAGAAUAGGAAUAAUAUUCGUGUCACAAAAUUGCAGAAAUAAGGAAGGAAGAACGGAUUUUCCAGUUGCUUUCAUCCCAAGGAGGAUGGCAUUUGACUUCUGCCUGUGGAAUGAGGCACAUCAGAGUUCCACAGUGAAGAACAACUAUGAGAGAAGAAUCUUGUGUUGACAUUAUAGAAAGAGAUACAAUCUGGAGAGCUCUAACAAUUCUUGGGUCAAAAAUUUUUUUUGUUUACAGUUGAAAGAUUGAACACUGGAUAUUGAUGAAUCUUCCAAGCUGUAUAAUUUUAUUAAUUUUUUUGUGAGUACUGUUCAGUGCUGCUCAUAAAAGACAAAGGUGGAGUCCUUUUACAGAUUGUUCCUGGAUUGAAACUCAGUCACCCUGGCUGUCACCUAAGUUAUAUCACUAGCCUUCCAGCUAAGACAUGUCUCUAGUCUAGUUCCUUAGCUGUUAAAUGGAAGAACAAAGCAUUUGCCUCUUUUGUGAAACACAAAUAUGUGAUGAAGUAUACUAUUCCUAUUAAUGCCUUCUCAUCUCUCAAUUUUUCCAAAGCCUGAACCCCCUUUGCAACAAAGCAAAAUUUUAGCAAGAUAAUGUUUACCUUCUGAUUUCUAGAAAAGUUGAAACAUCUUCAUAGGUGGUAAUACAAAGUCAAGGCUUCCAGUUACAGAUGUCUAGUAGAUAUGUAGCAGGACACUUCAGGUUUCAAGAACAGAAACCAGAUUGGGGUGGAUGUGUCUUCUAUUGCAACCCGCACCUAAUUAAAGAGUGUGCAGGCAGCCUGGGAAAUAGAACGUGCCUGUCAUUCUCCAGCAUGCUGGCAUCUGAGGGAUCCAUGGCAGUGGGGGCCGGGGUGGGGUGGGGUGGGGAAGAGGCUUAGGAGUGUGUUGACUGUCUGAAUGGGCUUUACUAUAGGAAGACAAAAAUCCUAAAGGACAAGGUGAAGAACCAAUGUAACAUUUUGUGUGUUUUUAUUCUGAUAUUCUCCUGAGAAUUUCAAACAUGGUUGUAGUAUACACCAGUAUACUUGAUUUUUUGUUGUUGUUGUUGCAUUGUUGCAUAAAACACUAUUUGGGUGAUGUUAUUGUCUGAUCAACCCAACCUCUUCUGCUCCAUUUCCUAUCCACCCACCCCUGUUUUGAGGUUUUUAUUUACAGUCUAAUGAAACUAAAUCUCCAAUUAAUGAGGCAAGUUGUCUUCUGGAAGAGUGAAACUAUAUUUUCAGGGUAUUUCCUGAGUGUGCUGUUUUCCCCACCUGUUUGGUUAGAUAACCUUAAGAUUUGGAGUGUAUUCCUGGCACACCUUCCGAGAAGCAAACUCUCAUAAGCGCUCAGUUUGCAGAACUUACUGCCAUGAUGGUAGAGAAACGAUGCAACAUUGUAGUCCUCUGCAAUUAUUUUGUUUAGAUGAUACUUCAAGGCCUUGGACAAUUAGAAGCUUCUUGUGAGGCUUUCAGAUAUGUAGAACCUAAACGCUGCCUGUUAAUAAAGAUGAAAACUGAGUAAAGGCCCACUCCUUAGCAAUAGCAGAUUUCCUGCAGAUUUUUUUUUUUAAGCCGUCCACUGAAGUAUUCAUUUUGGCUUGUAGUCUGCCUCAUGUCAAUUAAUUAUUGACUUUUUAAAAGGAAAAUCAGAAGCUUCUUACUUGUUUUCUCUCUUUUGGAGCAGAAUAUUCAAGUGCAUUUUGCAGUUGCUUUGAGAAGCAAUUGUCAAGGAAUUUAGUCUAUAUAUUCAGUAGAGUGAUGUGUCACAAUUUUGGCAGCUCUUUUUGCCUGGAAUUUAAUAAGUGAUAAAGUAAUCUUUCUGGGAUUUAAUUUGGUGUUUUUUUAAUUUUGUUUUGUUUUAGUUCUGUUUGUAAAUACCUGGGGCAUGACCCUGGCAUGAUGACAAAAGUUGAGGCAGAACUGUAGGGCGGUCCCAAGAUGACAGAGAGUUUACUGACCACCCAAGCUGACUUGGUAAUACUUGUUGCUUGUCAGAAGAAGACCUAAUAUGCCCUGAACUGGCUUGACUCUUGGUGCAGUGUCUCCUGCACUUCUUCUUUGCCAGGUACCUUUGGGACAUAGGAUGCAUUGUAAUUAGAUGCUCUCCCCUCCUCUGGAUCCUUCCCCAGGAUGCCCAAGCUGCUUGACCAGGAUCCUGUUUCCUAACUGACUCUGGAAAAGUAGUAUCUACAUCCCAGGACUUUGUGGCAAUCUCUAACAUCCCUGUUCCCUCCCCUUCCCCCUGUUCAAGUAUCAUAUUGUACAGUAGCUUUCAAACCAUACAGUAUUCAUUGGGUUACUCUUAUUAUUAUCAAGUAGCUGGAAUUGUGAAGGUCAGAGUAGUUAGCUCUUUAGCUUUUAUUCUUUUUUUUUUUUUGUAUUAUCCAUGUGUAUAAAUUAUUGAUCAUGUUGCUGGCUUUUAUAAACUCUAAGCAAGGGAGGAGGAGUCUUUCUUCAUCCUUUGCAAAUGGUAAUGAAGCACUGUUUUUAAAUAAAAGAGAAACACCAUC